AUGGUUGACAUUGUGGACAAUACGGAGCGUGUGUGGAGCGAUGUUGACCCGGCCACGUUGAAUGCCAACUUUUUGACGUUGCAAGAAUGCAUGAUGGAAGUGAUUCGUUGCGCGAGUGGCAACAAUUUCAACAUACCACACAUGAAGAAGGCCGUGCUCACUGCGAAAGGUCGCAGUGACUUGUCGAUUGAAGCGGAUGCUGACGUUGUCAACGCCAGUAGGGAAUUGCUAAGUGAGUGUGACUUGUCUACAGUCAUCUUAGAAUUGGCGAGCAAAGUGGCGAAGAACUUGGAAAUGAGCGAUGUCUGCACGGAGCUUGAGCGUCUGGAUGUCGUGGAAGGUUCCGAUGAUGAAGAAUUUGACAUACCAUCGAAUAGUGCCAACCAGGUCUAG